CGCACUGCCCUCCAACCAUGGGGUGGAUGCUUUCCUCAUUCUUCAAUGCUGGACAACAACACGCUGGGAGAAGACAUGACCAUUUUUGUUUAACUUUAGCUUAAACAAACAGCAUCACCAAGGAUGGAGACUGCCACUCCUCCUUCAACUGAGUCAAAACUCAGAGCAGAUGAAGAAGAAGAAGAUGCAAAAGCUUCAAAGAUACUGGAGAUUAUUAAUGAGAGCAUCGUCGAUGCCUCAAAAAUGACAGAAGAGCCUGAGGACAGAGAAGCUUGGUCAAUGGAGAUGGGAGAUGACUCUGUGUUCUACAGUGAUGAGGAGCAAGCUCGCCAGGACAAAGGAUCUGCCAUCUUGAGGGCCAAGAGGCGCAAAGAUCUUGUUAACAGCGUGGCGGAUGAUGAAACCAACCAACAGAUGGAGAGAAAUCCGGGGGAGGGUGGUCUUAUUUACAAAAGAAAUUCAGAGAAGGAAAUGAACCAGCGGGUCAUUUGGACUGAAGAGGACAGCCAGAAGCUUGCGGCACUUACAACUAAAAGAAUGCAUGUAUCAGACCCCAGCGAAUCAGCUGCAGAGUCUGAUGUAUCGCCUGGAAAGUUUGUGAAAACGUCUGGAGAGUUUAUGCUGCAAAAUGAGGACCAAGUUAAGAAAGAGGAAGCGAUAGCAGAAACCGGAACCUCAAACCAACACCUGUUUCACUUACUCAACAAUGAUGGUUAUGCAGGGCUCAAUGGGGAUGCAGAAUCUGCUCAGAGACUGUCUGGUGCUGACACCCAGAAAUCAAGUGACGUGGGAGACGUGCAAGGAGAGUCUCUGGAAAACUCCAGCCAAGACCAGUCCAACCUGCCGCCGCCGGAGGAAUCCGACUGCAACGCCUUCAACCACCUCGCCACGUCCAAAUACAGCACCGUGUCCUACCGCAGGAUCCGCAGAGGCAACACACGACAGAAGAUAGAGGAGUUCGAGUUCCUGUUGACCAAUAAAAAAUAACCUGCUCUUCCAAUGCAUUAGGGGG